UGGAACAAUUGCUUUCUAUCCUUCAAUUACAAACUCUUGUGAAUCAUGCUGGACCACUUUUAUGGCAUUAUCCAAAAGUCCAGCUGUGCUUCACUUUACACACACACAAGUCCAUUUUGGGAAGUCAGAAUUGGCACUUUCAAGAUUUAGUAGUUGUAUAAUGUCGGUGGCCGGCAUAUGCAAGCUAUCUGUUCCUUCAGCUUAAAAGCCACUCUAAUCUUUAUCAUUUAAUUGAUGAGGUUGGUAGCAUUUCGAACGAAGUCACAUACUUCCCGCAGUGGAAGAUUCUGACGAAGAAGAGGUUCCUGAGAUUACCUAGUGGGAGGCAAUUUCAUGGCUUACUAUUCUAAUUUGUGGGUGUCUCUGGCUAUCUUGUUGAUGCCAUACAGGGCAUCAGACUCGUGGAAUAUCCCUCUGUCUUUUAUAAGUGUCAUCCUACUUCCUAUUGUUGAGAAAGCUGCUGAACAUGCAAGCGCCAUAAUAUUUGCCAUGAAAGACAAACUUGACAUUACGCUCGGGGUGGCAAUUGGAUCAUCAACUCAAAUAUCCAUGUUUGUGAUCCCUUUCUGUGUGGUUGUGGGUUGGAUCAUGGGGCAGCCAAUGGACUUGAACUUCCAGCUCUUUGAGACUGCCACCCUCUUUAUCACAGUGUUAGUUGUGGCAUUCAUGCUACUGGAUGGAACGUCCAACUACUUCAAAGGUCUGAUGCUAAUUCUCUGCUAUCUCAUUGUUGCUGCAAGUUUCUUCGUACAUAUUGACAAUAAAUCUGCUGAUUAGAAGUGAGGGGACCGAAAUCAACAUUCAUGGAUUAUCAUGAGAAAAGAACCUUGAUUUCCACAUAUGGAACACUACUAUACUGGGCAGCAGCUUAUUUCUUCUUUUUCCGUGUUCUAAUUUUCCGACCAACAUCAGAAGAAAGCUGGAAAAUUUCCGGUCUAUUACUAGUUGAAAAAGAAGGCACACUCUUUAGCUUUUGAGGAAUGGAGAAGUUACAGGUAUGUUGUCUGUAUCCAUGAAUAAAGUGUUAAUUUACCAGUCUGGUUACGCCUCCAUGGCAUUGCUUUCUGUAAAAUAACAACCAUAGUUUUAUAAGUCUUUUCAUGUAGGUCUAUAGAUCAUGUAUGAAAUGAAGCUUUGUUACCAUAGGUUCUUAUGUAGGUUUACUUGUUGAGAAUCCAUCCAUUCACCUAUAGUCUAUAGAUCAUGUAUGAAAUGAAGCUUUUGUUAAAUAA